CUCAAUUCUCAAACAAUAAAUAGAGUAGAACAUCUUUACCUAAUGGAAAUGUGUUAGAUUAAGCCAAGUAGAAAGCAUCCUCUAAGAACUUGAAGAUAAACAUGGCAGAAACACUCCUUAAUUCUCAAGUAAAGAGGUGCGCAGUAGUUACAGGUGCCAAUAAGGGGGUUGGAUUGGAGAUUUGCAGGCAAUUAGCUUCUGGUGGGAUCUUUGUAGUAUUGACAUCUAGAAAUAGAAACCAGGGUCUUGAAGCUGUUGCAAAUCUGAAAAAAUCUGGACUCUCAAAUGUUGUUUUUCAUCAAGUUGAUGUCACGAAUCAAAAUACUGUCUCAUCUUUGGCUGAAUUCAUUAGCACCCGUUUUGGAAAGCUUGAUAUCUUGGUGAAUAAUGCUGGAAUUCUUGGAGCCAUAACUGAUGCUGCUAGUUUUACAACACUGGUGCAAGCUGUUGAGAUGGACAAGAACAAAGAAAAACCAAAUUUGAAACAAGUGAUAACAGAGACAUAUGAAUCAGCAGUGGAAUGCAUACAAACAAAUUACUGUGGUGUCAAAUCAGUGACUAAAGCACUUAUUCCUCUACUUCAACUCUCUGAAUCGCCAAGAAUUGUUAAUGUCUCCUCGGCCUUGGGAAAAUUGAAGUUUAUCUCUAAUCAAAGAGCUUCGGAAAUACUUAAUGAUGGGGAUGGCUUAAAGGAAGAAAGUGUAGAUGAAAUAGUGAAUAUGUUUCUUAAAGAUUUUAAGGAGGAUAUUUUAGAAAUACAAGGGUGGCAUGCAUAUUUACCAGCAUAUACGAUCUCUAAAGUAUGUCUGAAUGCUUAUACAAGGAUAUUAGCAAGGGAAUUUCCAACUUUUCGCAUAAAUUGUGUAUCUCCUGGUUGGGUCAAGACAGAUAUUUGUUACAAUUCCGGAGUUCUCACUACUACGGAAGGUGCAGAAAGAGUCAUAAAAUUAGUUCUUGUACCUAAUGAUGGACCUUCUGGCCUCUUUUUUACCAACAAAGAAGUAACACCAUUUUGAUACAUGAUGCAUAUUAGUGGUAAGAAAGAUGUCAUGUCUAAUGUUUUAGCUCUAAAGGUUCAAUAAGCAUUGUACUUUACUGGUGUAUGUUGAUGCUCUUAUAAUAUUGAGUUCACGGUGAUAGUUGGUCAUACCCUCGUUAA